AUGGACACGCAUUUUGCCGUGGAUGCUCCAGCGAACGCGACCUUGGUGUGGCAACUGCCUCCACCGUUUUCUUAUGUUGACAUGCUGGAUGACAAUCUCAUACCUACGUUGACGGUCGACGGACAUCAAAACACCGUAUUCAUCACGACAAAAAACCAAUCAACUCGAUUGAUUCACUUUUCCCUCGUGAACAAUGCACCGAUCACCGCCGGAUCCGUCGUCCACUUGGGACUUUCAUGCUUUGUGCCACCCGCGUCAGGCAUACCCGACACGUACUCGGUGCAGCUUCUUGGUGACUCAAACUCCCUGCUGGACACCGUCACGGCGCAACCCGUGACAGCCACUCAACCUGGUGUCUUGCACGUUGGAUACGUUGGCAUGCAAUCCCAUCGAGCAGCACAAGACGGCGGUCUUUUGGUGUCAUUCUCGACCGGUCUCGCAAUUCCGGCCAAUGGCGAGUACCUCUUGCAGCUUCAUGCGUCCUUCAACUUGACGUCAUCUGUGGAAUUGCACAUGCUUACAUCAUCGGGCGGCUACACGACAAGUCAAGCAAACAACGCCGUGAAAAUCAAGCGGACUGGCGACGGCGCUAUCAUUCCCGUGGGGUCCACCAUCGCAUUCUGGCUGCGAAAUGUGUGGAAUCCAGCAUCCGAGGGAGUCUUGAACAGCGUUGGCGUAUUGAAAACGACCACUGCGGAGGCGUUUGUGCUCGAGCAAGUCGCGCUCGACACGACGACCGUGUACUCAGCCGUGGUCAAUUGUUUGGCGAGAUGCGCACCAGGGUUUUCCACGGCAUCGUUCACUCUCACAGACGACACGUGUGUGCAGUGCCCUGCUGGGGCCUUCUGUAGCGGCGGAUGCGCGGCGCCGACUCCAUGCCCCGUUGGCACUGCUUCAAGCGGACUCCAAUCCACUUCCGUGGCAGCAUGUCAACCGUGUCCUCCUGGUUCAGUGGCAACGUCCUUGGGCAACGCCAUAUGCACGCCCUGUCCUGCUGGCAUGUCCUGCUCGUCACCUUCAUCUCCACCCACAAAUUGCCCCCCCAAUACGUUCAGUUUGGGCGGGGCGGCCUCAUGCAGUCCUUGUCCGCUCGGCUAUGGGUGCCUGCAAGCAUCGGUAGCCCCUGUAGCAUGCGCUGUCGGCACUUACUCGUUGACGGGAAGCUCGACAUGUACGCCAUGCCCAGCUGGAGCUUCCUGUCCCAACACUACGACUUUGCCGCAAUCGUGCCCCACUGGGACGUACGCCCUCGGAAGUGCCGUGGCGUGCUCCCCAUGCAUGCCCGGCCAAGCAUGUUCUGUCACGACUGCCGCCCCUCUGACCUGUGUCAACGGAACGUAUGCAGUCGGUCUCUCGACGGCGUGUACGAUUUGUCCCGCUGGAUCGAGCUGCCCCACGACAACCAAUCUCCCUGUCCCUUGUGCUCUCGGCACAUAUAGUUUGGCCGGGGCGAUGGCCUGCACUGCUUGCCCACCUGGCCGAUCUUGUGUGUCCGUGUCAAUCAUGCCCGUGGCGUGUCCCGCAGGUGCAUACAGCGUCGAAGGAAAUGCCUCGUGUACACCGUGUCCACCAGGAUAUUCGUGUGUGAACAACGACCUCCAGCCGUGCAGUCCAGGCCAAUACAGCCUCAAUGGAGAAAUACAAUGCACGACAUGUCCGGCUGGAUCGAGUUGCGCUGUUACCACUCAAGCCCCGUCAACAUGUUCCAGUGGAACCACAUCGGCGGCUGGCCAACGGCAAUGCGACCCAUGUGUAGCUGGGUUUCAAUGCCCAAACCCGACUACUCCCCCUCAGCCUUGCGGAGCGGGCUAUUACUCUGCCACUGGCAGCAGUAAUUGUACAGCAUGUCCCGCAGGUUCAUACUGUACUUCCACUUCGAUGCCGCCCGUUCCGUGUCCUCUCGGCUCCACAAGCUCAAUCGGAAGCACUUCAUGCGCACCAUGUCCUCCAGGCAUGAAGUGCACUACACCGUCUGGGGUGCCCACCGUUUGCGCUCCAGGAACGUAUAGUUCCGGUUCGCAAAACUCGUGUAUCACUUGUCCCGCCGGUUUCGCGUGCUUUUCCACAACUUCGUCCACGCCGGUGGCUUGCCUGCCAGGAACGUUUGCAUUGGCUGGGGCCACUAACUGCACUACUUGCUCCGUUGGAAAGUACUGUCCGAAUGUGGACCAAUCGGUUCAAUUGCCAUGUCCUGCCGGGUCGUUCUCUCAAGGAGGAGCUGCCAAUUGCACCCUUUGCCCCAGUGGUUCAGCGUGCCCAACGGCAGACGGGUCGGGAAACGUCGCGUGUGCUGCUGGGUACUACUCCACAGGCAGCGCGACAGUGUGCACCAAGUGUCCGGCUGGGUUUUCGUGUCCGUUUACGUACGCCAACACGCUAAUUCCGUGUCCACCUGGGCGGUACAGUACUGGCGGACUCACGGAAUGCGUCCCUUGUCCGGCUGGGUAUGCGUGUGCGGACCCCACAACGGCGACCAAAACACCAUGUAGUCUUGGCACCUUUUCAGACAUUGGCCAGAGCAGCUGCACCCAAUGUCCAGGUGGGUAUCAAUGCCUGUCUCCAAGUAGCCCCAACAUCACACGGUGUCUGUUAGGAAUGUACUCGAAAGAAGGACAGUUCGAUUGCACGGUAUGUCCUGCUGGCUCCAGUUGUGGGGACCUUAGCUCGACCCCCACAUCGUGUACACCUGGGUUAUAUUCUCUGGCCGGCCAACCUUCGUGCACAGCAUGUCCUCCUGGAUACGAGUGUCCUCAGCCAACACAACCCCCCCAACCUUGUCCCAUUGGGUAUUGGAGCCCUGGAGCUGCCGUGAAUUGCUUGCAAUGCAACCCUGGCUUUCGCUGCAGUUUGGCCUCCACAUCCCCCACCCCCCCAGAGGAUGCCUGCCCAGCUGGUGGUUUCUGCAACCCCCCGACGACCUUUUUCAUGUGUCCUGCUGGGACAUAUGGCAAUACCACUGCAGGCCAGAGCGUUGACCAAGCGUGUGCUCCGUGCCCCGAAGGCCACUUUUGCCCGAGUGGCUCCACGGUGGUGAGCAUGCAGCCAUGUCCUCCUGGGUUUUACUGCCCACUUGGCACAGCAAUCAGCACAGCAUUUCCUUGUCCAGCCGGCCAAUACAACCCAGAUUCGUCGACCACGUCGUCCGCCGUGUGCAGAAGCUGCCCCGCAGGCUCGUACUGCCCUCUUGGUAGUGCCAAUCCGAUCGUGUGCCCAUCUGGGUCGUAUUGCCCUGCCAACACUCAAAGCGCCACUCAAUUUCCAUGCCCAGCUGGAACGUACGGGGACAGCCACACGGGAUCCACGACAUCUGCUCAGUGCAUCCCGUGUACCUUGGGCAACUACUGUCCCCAAGGCUCUGUAAGCCCCACACCUUGUCCAGCAGGCCACUACAACCCAUUUUCAUCAGGAUCUAGCAUCCAAGAAUGCAUUCCGUGUCCAGCUGGGUGGUCCUGCCCUCAUGUUGGACAAAUUGCAUACACCGACCUAUGCACGUCUGGUCACUAUUGUCCCGUGGGAACAGUCUCUGCUCUGUCGAAUGAGUGUCCGGCGGGCACCUUUACGGAUAACAACACACUGACCCGUGUGGACGAUUGCUCCAUCUGCCCCCAGCGAUUUGCGUGCUACAGUGGCACUGGGAGUAACGCCCUUCAAAAGUUGAGCUGCGCGGCUGGUUUCUAUUGCCCCAACGGCACUGCGUUUCCAAACCAAUUCCCGUGUCCCCCUGGGUUUUGGAGCACUCAAACGAACUUGGCAAGUGCCAGUGAAUGCUCGACAUGCCCCCCCGGCUCGUAUUGUCUCGGUGGCGGAGCUACAGUCGAUGGGCCAUGUGCUCCGGGUCAUUUUUGCCCUGAACGAACCCCCGCACGAGACCGUUUCCCUUGCCCAGCUGGCACUUACACGGCAGCCACCAAUUUGACCGACCCCACUCAAUGCACCAAUUGUCCACCGGGCAGUUAUUGCCCCCAGGGGUCCGUCGUCCCAGUGCCUUGUCCUGCUGGCUCGUACACUUCUGACAUGAACACAACUACUGCUGGGCCAGGGAUUUGGCCUCUAUGUACAUUUUGCCCUGCUGGAAAUUACUGUCCGGCUGGUAGUGUCAGUCCGAAUCCAUGUGGCGUAGGGUUUCACGCUCCCUUGGGGUCUGCUGCCUGUCGAACAUGCAAUGCUGGGUAUUUCUGCGGCAGCAACACGACCCCCACGGAACUCUUGCCGACGUCUGCUGGGCUGUGGACGUCUCGAGGGUCUCUGUUUGGCCGGUGCUACAAUGGAACAUACUGUCCAUCAGGCACGAGUUUCGAGCCGACGCUACAGACAAACGCGUGUCCCCAGGGCUAUUACUGUCCCAUCGCAACCCCCGCGCCCGUGUAUUGUCCUGCUGGCACGUACAACAACGUCACUGGCCAAGAUUCUCUCGCUGGGUGUAUUCCAACUCCUGCUGGGUACUACAGCUUGCAGGCUUCGAUUGUACCCACUGGCCUGUGUUCCCCUGGCUAUUAUUGCCCUCCAAUGUCCACAUCCACGACUCAAGUGGCGUGUCCGCCCCGGUAUUAUCUCGAUCGAGCGCAAGGGCGAUCCCAAGACGAAUGCAUCGUGUGCCCGGCGGGAAAGUACUGCACCAUCGCAUCCAUCAGACCCAUCGAUUGUCCACAAGGGUACUAUUGCAUCACGGGAACGUCCGACCCUGAACCGUGUCCAUUGGGCACGUUUGGCAACGCUACGAAUUUGAAGAUGAUGGAAAACUGCAACACGUGUUUGCCAGGAAUGUACUGCGACGGAACCGCCCUCACCAACCCCAGUGGACCUUGCGACGCAGGGUUCUAUUGCACGGGUGGCUCGUACACAUCUGCCCCAAGUGGCUCUGCUGGCACAGCCGUGUACAGCACAGGUGGUCUUAUUGGAGGGUUGUGUUCCACGGGCGGGUACUGCCCGCUCGGCUCAUACACGUCGAUUCCUUGCCCCACUGGAACGUUCAACAAUGCCACAGGUGCCCAAAGUUUUUCAGACUGUUCGCCAUGUCCACCUGGCGCGUACUGUCAAAGCAGCGGCCUAGCACUUCCGACGGGGGGAUGUGCGGCAGGAUACUUCUGCACCUUGGGAGCGACCACGCCAACGCAAAACGAGUCUCCUAUCGGGUACUACUCGUCUGCCGGUUCGUACGGACCUUCGGCGUGUGCUCCCGGGACAUUCAACAACCAAGUGCGGCAAGCCGUGUGCACAAAUUGCCCAGAGCGGUUUUACUGCAAUGGGACAGCGACAGUGACCCCCGUGGCGUGUCCGCAAGGAUAUUUUUGCCCCCAAAGCACAUCUUUGCCUCAAAAGUGCCCUGCGGGUACGUUUAGCAACGGAACAGGGCUAGCCCUUGUGUCUGAAUGCUUGCAAUGUCCACCUGGAUACUACUGCGCAUCCAGUGGGUUGACGCAACCGUCUGGACCUUGCAUGGCUGGCUACACCUGCACCGGAGGUGCCCCAUUUCAAAACCCCAACAAUCAAGUGUUUGGAACCGUGUGUCCGACGGGAGCGUAUUGCCCACAAGGGUCUGCGAUUCCGAUUCUAUGCCCACUCGGCACUUACCGCCCCAACAUUCUGGGGCAAACGCUCGCAGACUGUUCGCUCUGUCCCGGUGGAACGUACUGCAACGGCACGGGCCUUAUUGCCCAGUCUGGGCUUUGUGCACCCAGCUAUUUCUGUACGUUGGCCGCAUCCACGCCAACGCCUACCGAUGGCGUUACUGGCAACAUUUGCCCACUGGGAUUCUUCUGUCCUGCGGGGGUGAAUCAGCCGCUUAAGUGUGCUGAAGGGACGUAUAGCGCCACAUUGGGCCAAUCUGCGUGUACGCCGUGUCCUGCAGGGUCGUAUUGCGACGGAGUUCAGACUGCGUCCAAACUGACGUGCCCUGCCGGGUACUAUUGUCCGCCUGGAACCAAUGCGAAUCCAUACCCGUGCCCUGUCGGCACAUUCAGUAACUCAACGGGCCUUUCCAAUGUCACGCAAUGCUCACUUUGCACCGGUGGCUCCUUCUGUAACAUGACAGGCCAAGCCCAUCCUACCGGACUUUGCGCCGCGGGGUAUGUUUGUGUCACCGGAGCAAUCAACGCCCGAGGCCAAGGCACCACAAACGGCACCGUCGGGAACUGCCCAGCUGGGAAUUAUUGUCCAGAAGGCUCGUUUGCGUCUCAGCCAUGUCCAUUGGGAACGUAUUUACCAUCCACGGGGGGUAAAGUUAUCGAAGAUUGCUUGUUGUGCCCGGUGGGGUCGUAUUGCAAUGUGUCGGGUGCUACAGCCCCUAGCGGUCUCUGUGCUGCGGGGUAUUUCUGUCACCAGAGGAAUGUGUCGCCGCAGCCGACGGGCGUCAGUGUGAAUAGCAACGGCGUGCCUGUUGGUGGAGACAUUUGCCCUACAGCACACUAUUGCCCCGUGGGUUCCAUUACCCCACUACAAUGUGCUGAGGGCACUUAUGCCAUCACCCCCGGCAUGAUGGCGUGCACGUCGUGCCCCGCAGGGUAUUACUGUCCAACCGGUAUCGACGCGUACAGCUCGUACAUUUGUCCGGCGGGAUACUAUUGUCCUGGAGGCACGACCCGCGGAAACCAAUUUCCAUGCCCCCAAGGCUCAUACGGAAGUCAAACAGGCUUGACAAGCGUCGGACAGUGCGUGUUGGCUCCUGGCGGGACGUUUGUGAAUGUGGUCGCAGCGACGUCUCCAGUGGGCAACUGUUCAAGCGGGUACUAUUGCAUCGGCGGGGCGUGGAACGCCACCCCAUCGAACGGCCCCCUUGGCGGACAAUGCCCGUUGGGAGCGAGUUGUCCUUCAGGGUCAUCACAGCCCACGCCUUGCAAACCAGGGUACUACUGCCCUGACAUUUCCACCACAUUGCCAUGUAGCGCUGGCUUCUACUGCCUUCAGGGUUCGUACACGAAUACUCCCACUGGCCAAACCAAUUCAUUUGGUGUGAUUGGAAACGAAUGUCCAUUGGGCAGUUAUUGCCCCGAAGGCUCGAGCAACCCAACGCCGUGCCCGGCUGGCACGUAUGGGAAAGUAAAGCAACUCCGAAAUGUCACGGGGUGUACCCCGUGCGAUCCAGGAUACAUUUGCCCCACAACAGGACUCACAAACGCAACCAUGCCGUGCACAGCUGGGUCGUUCUGCCCCGGUGGUCAGCAAAGCGCGUCCGAGCACGUUUGUCCCUUGGGAAGUUUUUGCCCCCAAGGGUCGAUUGCUCCUCAACUUUGUCUUCCUGGCAAGUAUGCCAACCAAACGGCCCAACCAACGUGCCAGACGUGUCCAGCAGGCUUCUUUUGCGUCAACGGCUGCAUUACACCAGAACCGUGUCCGCAAGGGUUCUACUGCCCAACCGGCACUCAAAACGGCACAAAUUACCGCUGUCUUCCAGGCACAUAUGGUGGCAGCUCUCAACUCCAUUCUCCUGCGAAUUGCUCCAGUUGUCCGUCUGGGAAAUUCUGCUCGGGACUGGCCAACACGGAUGCCCCGACUGGAGACUGUGCUCCUUCAUAUUACUGCUCAGGUCGUGCUAGUACUCCCCAGCCAAACGACAACUUCACCACGGGCGGUCCCAAUGACCACGUCACUGGCUACGUGUGUCCACCUGGUGCAUUUUGCGUGCAAGGGUCGUCGUUCGAAGUGGGUUGCUCGCCAGGCUUUUACAGUCCUUUUCCUGGGGCGUGGAGCUGCUUGGAUUGCCCCAUCGGUGCCUAUUGCCCACAAAACACGUCCAUUCCAGUGCCAUGCCCUACGGGUUCCUAUUGUCCUGUCCGGUCGAGUCUCCCAUUCCCUUGUCCGACGGGAACUUUCAACAACAACUCGAUGCUGGUCAACGCUAGUCAAUGCGUUGCAUGUACCCCGGGGUCCUAUUGCAAUUCCACGGGACUCACCCAGCCGAGUGGACCGUGCCUCCCUGGUUAUGUGUGCAGUGGAGGGUCGCCUGUUGCAAACCCUGUCAACAAAACGUACGGGUCGAUUUGUCCCCCCGGGUCGUAUUGCCCGAUAGGUUCAGCAACGGGAACUCUAUGUCCAUUGGGAACGUACCGACCAAACGCGCAAGGUCAAGCUGUUUCUGACUGCUCACCUUGCCCUGGUGGGACGCACUGCAACGGCACGGGACUGGUGACGCUCGCAGGACUGUGUAGCGCAGGGUACUAUUGUUCCCUUGGGGCUCUCACCCCCACGCCAGUGGACGGUGUCACAGGCAACAUCUGCCCCAUGGGAUUUCGCUGCCCUACAGGGUCUGUCCAGCCCAUUCGAUGCGUGGAAGGCAGUUACGCAGACUCAAUUGGGCAAACUGUAUGUACCACUUGUCCUGCUGGAUCGUAUUGCGACGGCCUCGCUAGUGACAGACACUUUGCAUGUCCUGUGGGGCGGUACUGUCCUCAAGGCACGAAUGCAAAUCCUCCGCUCUGCCCGCCUGGAACUUUCAGUAACGUCACAGGGUUGGCAACCAGCAAUCAAUGCACGCCAUGUACACCUGGAGACUAUUGCAGCUCAGCGGGCCUAUCAGCCCCCACUGGGCCUUGUCGAGCGGGGUACAAAUGCCAAUCCGGUUGUGUCAACCAAUUUGGCCAGUUCUCCAACCUUGUCGCGGUCAACGCUACUUUAUCCGCCAACGUGUCGGAGUGUUGGGCUGGUUAUUACUGCCCCGAACGAACGUACCAGCCAACAGCAUGUCCAUUUGGAACGUACCUCCCUCGAACGACAGCCGAGUCAUUGGGGGACUGCCUCCUGUGCCCUCCUCGAUAUUAUUGCAACGUUUCUGCGGCCGUCGCCCCCACGGGACUGUGUGAUGCAGGGUACUACUGUACUCUCAACAACAUCUUGGCACAACCCACAGGUCUGCAAACAUUACCAAACGGCACGGUGGCCGGAGGAGCGAUUUGUCCGACAGCGCAUUUCUGUCCCAGGGGAUCCAGUACACCACGUGUGUGUGACGAAGGAACGUAUGGCCCAACCGAAGGCCUGGCACUGUGCCUCACAUGCCCCGCAGUAGGGUAUUUCUGUCCUGCUGGCAUCGAUUCCUACAGCAAUUUCACGUGUCGCCCUGGGUACUAUUGUCCACCAGGAACCCCCCGAUCGGACGCGUUUCCAUGUCCUCGCGGUACUUUCAGCGCCCAAUCCGGACUGCAAAACAUCACGCAGUGCACUUUGGCGCCUGGAGGAAUGUACGUCAACACCAUUGCAGCCACGGCACCAAGUGGGAACUGCUCCACGGGGUACUACUGUCUCAAAGGCGCGGUUUCGGCAACCCCCGACGACUCAGUCGAGAUGUUUGCUGGCCAAUGCCCGUUUGGCACGUUCUGUCCCGAAUCGACGUCGCUCCCCACGCCCUGUGAAGCUGGCAAGUACUGUUCGACGUCCAAUUUACAAGCUGCGUCGCCAUGUCUACCUGGUUUCUAUUGUAUUCAAGGGUCGUACACUGCUACUCCAACAGGACAACUCAACGCCAAGGGAAAAAUCGGCGACGAAUGCCCUCCUGGUAGCUACUGUCCAGCUGGAACAAGCAACCCCAUUCCAUGUCCCACUGGCACGUUCUCGAACACCAAACAAUUGGCAAAUGCAUCGCAAUGCCAACUGUGUACGGCAGGGUUUGUGUGUCCAGCUACAGGAACUCUCGUUCCAACGGAACUAUGCCCUGCAUCCAAGUACUGUCCAGGCGCAAACGUCCAAUUGGAUUGCACGAUGGGUCACUACUGUCCCAGUGGGACAUCCAUCCCAGUACCAUGCCCAGGUGGUACAUUUGCCAACAUCACAGGGCUCGCCGAGUGUUUGCCCUGUCCUCGGCGAUACUUUUGCGACAUCGGCACCGUGAAUCCACUUCCAUGCCCCGCUGGCCAUUAUUGUCUGCCAACCACUGCCGCAGCCACCCAAUUCCCAUGCUUACCAGGCACUUACAGCAACGACACAUCCCUCGGUUACCCCACUGAAUGCCGUUCGUGUCCGCCUGGACUGUUCUGCUCGGGCGACGAUCCGACAAGCUCACCUACGGGUCGUUGCGCAAGAGGCUACUACUGCAGCUCUGGAGCUGCAAUGGCAACACCAGAUGGUGUCACAGGCGGGGUCUGCAAAGAUGGUUAUGUGUGUUUGGGCGGUGCGAGUAUUCCAGACCCUGUGGACGGAGCCACGGGGCGGCUGUGCUCCCCUGGCUCUUUUUGUGUCAACGGCACGGAGCAAGCAUGUCCAAUGCACACCUACACUGCCAUCGCUGGCCAAACGCUGUGCUCCCCUUGCCCAUUGGGCAGAUUCUGUCCUGGGAACACAUCAAUUCCGUCGCCGUGUCCGCUACGAUUUUAUUGUCCAGUGGGCCCAGCUCGGCUGUGUCCGAAUGGAACGUACGGGGCCCAGAUGGGAUUGGAAAGUCCCGACCAAUGCUCCCAGUGCCCCGCGGGUCGAUAUUGCACGAAUGGCAAUAUCACGGGGUCGUGUGUUAGCGGGUUCUUUUGCAAGUACGGCAACGCAUUGCCCAACCCCAUGUCUUUCAAUCAAAGUCUUCUGCCGUGGCAGCAAACCUCGGGCGGCGCAUGUCCCUACGGAUACUUUUGUCCAGAGGGAACGUCGGACCCAGUGCCAUGCCCGACCAAUUCGUCCCGCAUGUUGUCGUUUGGAACAGAAUCGUACGACUGUGGAGCGUGUCCAGCUGGCAAGAGCUGUUUUGAUGGCGUCACGACUAUCGACUGUCCGGCGGGGUUCUAUUGCCCAUAUGCCCAGCUGCCGAUUCCUUGUCCCUACGGAACGUACAACCCGUCGUUGGGUGCAAAGAGCAUGGAAUCGUGCGUCAGUUGCCGCGCUGGUAAAUGGUGCAACCGCACUGGUAUCAUUGACGAUACUACAUAUGACUGUCCUCCUGGUCACUACUGCACUCGAGGCACCCCCGACGCCGUUGAAUGCCCCGCUGGCACGUUCUUGCCCACUGCGGGAGCCACUAAGCUCACGGAUUGCCUUACAUGUCCUGGAGGGUCGUCAUGUAUGGCAGCUUCAUUAGCACCACUGGUGUGUGACGCUGGCACGUAUUGUCCACGAGGAGCGGGAGCCCCCACGCGGUGCCUUGGAGGGUACUUUUGCCAGUACAAUUCGACCAUCGGCUUGGCUUGUCCGCCAGGGUACUACUGCCCCGUGGGCUCGUCUGUACCGAUCCAAUGCCAGUUUGGGUCAUAUUGUCCAGGCUAUUCAACCAGUCCCACGCCGUGCCCGUUGGGGUCGUUGUCUAUUCAAAAGCCCGUGGGCGGCAACUAUUCGUCCCUACGAGAGGCGUGUCGGCUGUGCCCAAGAGGAACGUACGGAGAUGGGGCGACAUGCACCAUGUGCCCCGAGGGGUUUGUAUGCCUCGAAGGCGCGACGUCCCCCGCACCUCAAAAUGUGACCACCGACAAUGGGUAUCCGUGUCCAGCGGGACAUUACUGCGUCAACGGAACGUACUUGGAAGUGCCUUGUCCAGUGGGUACAUUUAACCAGCAAAUGGGCGGCACAAGCAUCAACUCGUGCCAGUCGUGUCCUGCCAAUACAUAUCAAUACGCACGAGGACAAGCCACAUGUUUUCCAUGCUCCAAGAGUGCGUCGUCGACCGUGGGCUCGACGCAAUGCAAUUGUGUGGGCAACCACCGCGCGUUUCAACUCUCAGAUGGUUUUUGCAUCUGCGAGCCUGGCUACGAAUACUAUGACGCCAACGGGCUCCUACGGUCGGAUCAAGACGACACGGUGGACUGUCAACCCAUGGUAUACACGCGAUGCAGCUCUGGCCAAGUGCGAACGCUCGCAGGGUCAUGCCAAGAUUCGUCCAAAGUGUCUUGUAAUUCGUCGUGUAAUGGAGGCACGGGGGAGUUUUUACCCACGUCGGGGGUAUGCCAGUGCACCAACGUUCCCGAUUUGGACACCAUAUGCAACGCCGCGUGUCGUGCGACGUCGGCGCAAUUGCGAUUCAAUGCCCAAACAAACGCAUUGGAAUCGUACGACCCCACCACGAGGGUGUCGACGCCGGUGGCCGCUGCCGACCAAACCGAUGUCUUUGGAACGCUCUCGUGUAUGGCCAACGGCACGUCCAGCUGCAAUGUCGUGAGCGUACAAACGACGGGCAGUUCGUUUUCCGGAACGUACGAUGCGGCCCUGCCACCCACCGUGAGCUCGAAACGACGGCGCCGGUUGGCAGAAACCAAACCAGGCAUUGUGAACCCCAUGAUUUGCUUGCAGAAAGGCGACUCGAUCAUGUUUUCAGUGACCAACCAAAGCUACCCCGUGUAUGCCAAGGACUCGCUCAUGAACACAAACCCUGCGUUCGACUAUGGGGCGUUUCGCACCCUGGACGAAAAAAUGAAGUCCAACGUGGUGGCGAUUUCAGCGUUUGCGUUUUCGUUUGUCCAAAGUGGCAUUUACGUGCUCGUGCUGAGCAACAACGCAGACGCGCUUACGAUCGUGACAGUCAUGGACACGGGUGUGAAAUGCCCGACUGAUGGCCCCAUUGUGCCGUUGAACCAAGCCAACUUGAUCAAGCUCAACGCAAAACCAAGCAACGAUAUCAUCUUGGCACCGGACUGGGGGUUGAUUGCGGGGCUGCUGGCAGCUUUGUUUGGGGUUGUAGCGGGGUUGAUUUUCGGCCUCUACUACUUUCGCCGAAAGAGUUGGGUGGGCAAACAAGUUGGCGCUGGGGGCUACAAAGAGAAAGCUCGAGGAUUCAACCUGUCCAACCUCACAUCCAAAGGAUCCGUGGUCAAGAAGAACGCCAAACCCAUUCAAGACGACGUGGUGCCAUCAGACGACUUGGAAGCUAAAGCCAAAACGACCAACGCUGGCGAAUACCAACCAGAGCUGAAUCGAUGGGACGACGACGAUUUGGGUGUUCGAGAGCUGGUCGACCGUCUGCAGUUUCACCACGACAGCGUUGAAAAAGCUUUCAGUGACCAAGAGGCCGGGGCCGUGAAAAUGAUGAAGCUGCUGCAGAACGAAGCCGACGAGUUGAAGCGACUGCUGGCGUCAAUCGUCGUCGCACAGUCCAAGGAAAAGGAACCCGAAGGAUGUGACGCCGAGCUUGUGCUGGUAGAAUCGCUGGAAAAGAGUGCAGUUGCGAGAGCUGAAUUUGAAGCACAGCAAACGGCCACGGAAGGAGCGCUGCUCGUUUCUGCUCGAACGUUAGCUGCCACGGUUCAAGACAAGGGCGUUGUGUCUGCAAUCAUAGACGAGAUGAUGCGUGGCCAUGGAACGUCUCGACUUUUGCAGGCCAUCACGAGUGAACUGGGGUCUCUUGUCCAGACAAUCUCAUCCACAGCCGAACCAAGUGUGGGAGUGUGGCCAACUCUCCAGAGCGAACAAAAUCGUCGUAAAGUGGAUGCGGCAGUGUGGAACGCAUUUGGCAAGACCACUCGCGACUUGCUUCCCCCGAAAUUGCUCGAGUUGAAGCAGAGCUGCAGUCGAUAUGCCUCUGAAUGCGACGAAAAGGCGAAAGAAGUUUGCGACGGGUUGCUCAAGUUUAGCAACGUCGCCCCGUCCUACGUGAAGAAGCUUGAGGCGUUUCAAGAAGUAUGUGCCGUGGAAAUCAAACAAGCUCUGGAGCAGCAGAACCCAGCACUCCUCAAGCCACUCAGGCAAAAACACGAGAAAGUGCUGCAAGGGCUGCUCAAGGAACUGCAAGGUGGCGCGUCCAAAUUGGUGGCCAGAGUUGAAUCCGAUCAAGUGCAGCUCCACGCCAUUCGAAGCAAAUGCCAACCUGAGGCUCUGCACAUGCAGAAAGAGCUCGACGCUCUCAAGCACGACUUGACCCUGGCCAAAGCAGAGACGAAUCCAGCCAACGACGUGGCCGAGUUGGUGGCUCAGUUGAGAACUCUGCUUUCGAACCCAGGACAGUUCCAACUCAUGCCCCCAGCAGUGGUUGCUCCCACGCUCAACCUUGACGCCAUAUUUGCUGAAUCUGACACGAUAGCCGAGCCGGCCUUUGAGGACGAUAGCGGUGACAUGGCCGAGCUACAACAGCUCAUGGAUGAGGGGGAUUUAAGCCAGGACGAAGUCAAAGUGUCGAAAAUGCGGCAAGAGUUUGUGUCUGACUUGGACGCAAACACGAGCCUCACGGAUGACGAACGACAGUCGCUUUUGGACGAGUUCAACGACGACAUGGCGCAGUUGGAGCUGUCGCUGGGGCUGGAGCGCCACAAGCAGGAAGAGCAUUUGAGAAAUCGACUGGCCAUUCGAAAACUGAACAAGAGCAAGGAAGCCAACGCGCUGCUGCAAGACCAGGCGUUAGAAGCUGCGAUGCGGGAAAAGCAGGAGCUCGAGUUGAUCGAGCUAGAGCGAGUCUUUGCCGAGGAGCAGGCCAAGAUCGAGCAGGAAUUCAACUCGAAAUUCGACGGUGUCAAGAAAAAGUCCUCGCAGUUGCUCGUGCGCGGGAAUACUGGAAAGCGGAUGAGUGACGUCAAGGCCAAUGACGAAAAUGUUGCAAAAGCCGUGCAAGAUGAGUUCAACGCGAAAUGGAAUGAACGACAGCAACUGCUUGACGACGACGCGCGACGCGCCAAAGCAAAGUUGAAUGCUCGAAAGAAAGCUCUGUCAGCCGUACAAGCAGACCCCACGAAAGCAGCCGAUGGCACGGCGGCAGUGCUGAACACGCUAAACAACAUUGAGGCCAAUCAACUGAAGCGUGCCGUGGAAAUGAAAAACGAUCGACUGCAAAAUCAACGCAUGGCCGAUGCCGUUAAGUUAGAGACUGCGACUCCAGCCGAUACUGCCCUUUUGCAAAAGGUGUUGGCGGAAAACGCGACCAAGUGGAGCGACAGAUUGCAAGCUGUGGUGGCGGACGAACUCCAGUGGUCGCAUCAGUGGAGUGAGUUGAAACCCGCGGCCAUGACAUCAGAACUGUUGCAAAUGAACACCAAGAUGCAAUUACUCUUCCAAACGGAGCGAGACGCUGUUGAAUGCGCUCAAGUGCAAGAAAAGACGCAGCUAGGAAGUGUCUUGACGGACGACGACGCCGUGUUGAAUCAGAUGCACAUGGACUUUAACGUCAAGUGGAAUGCCCGAAAUCAAGCCUUGCUGGACGACGAACAACGUCAAAAGCAAAAGUUGAACGAGCGACGUGCCAAGCGAAAGACGAAGGCAGGGGCGUUGCAAGAAGAUGUCCAGGAGGCCGAUUUGCUGCUCGGUUUAGUCACAGAACGUCAAAGUCUCGACGAGAUUGGCAGUACCAUUAAAGCACAUGCAUUCGACUCGUUGAGCGAAAACGACAACGAAGACGCGAUUGCCGAGAUCCAGCGGAAGUUUGCACUAGAGUGGGCCCGUCAGAAGGAAUUGCAAGCGGCGGAAGCCACUGUCAAGCGUGCGCAGCUCAAACAACGACUGAAGCGCCAACGGGAAGACAUGUUGCCCGAAGAAAAGGACUUGGUCCAAGCGCUGGAAGUACUGGAAACCCAACAGGUGGAGCAGGAGAUCCAGAUCGACUUGGAUGCUGUCGCAAGUGGAAUUUUAGCGGAUAAGGCCCUGCUCGAAGUAUUGAGUUCCCACGAUCAGCAAGCUAUUGACGAGAUAUUGAACUCACACGAAAUAAAAUGGACCGAGCGGCAAAAUCGAUUGAACGACGACGCGGCUGCUGCGCGGGCCAACUUGAAUGAACGCCUAAAGAAGAAGCGUCAUGUGGUGUUGGAAUCGGUUCUAGAAGCGGACUUGCUGGCCAAGGCUGAAGCCCUGAUGACCGCGAAAUUGGUCGAGAAGGCACAGCUCGGAAAUGUCACAGUCGGCGAAAAGCAAAGCGUGCAAACGCUGCUGGCCGAGCAUGAUGCCAAAUGGACCACAAGGCAGAAAGAACUGGAUGAACUCGAACAAAAGUGGGUUCAGGAGCUCACGGACCAAAAUGCUUCCAAGGAAGAACUGGACGAACUUGAGUUGAACGUCAGCCUGCAGCGAAACAAGAUGGCCAUGAACGAAGCCAAGGAGAAAGCUCAACUUGUUGCCUUGCAAGCCAUCGACUUUGGUGGUUUAGAGGACUGUAACGACUCGACCAUUCAAAAACUCCACGACGACUUGGAAUCGAGUUUGGGCAAGGAGAGGUCUGCCGUGGACGACGAGGCGGCACGAGUGCGACGUCGCCUCCAAGAUCGAUUGGCACGUAAUGCGAAAUCCGACGAAGAUGCAGCUAUCCUCGAAAACCAAGUGCAGUUGUACGACGAGUACGCUCGGAAGUGCAAAGAACGUCAGGCGUUACUACAGGACGAGGAAUCUCGCCUGCGAAAUCGGCUGCAAGACCGACUAGCCCGUCGAAAGAAGCAAGACGGAGAGCCAGCAGUUACCCCUGCUGAAGUGUCGCAGCUGGAGGCACAAUUGCAAGACGAUAUGGACGCCAGGCGCAAGCAAGUGGAGCUGGAGAACCUGCUGGACAAGGCCAAAAUUCAAGUGCUCACGGCCGACGACGAAGACACGAUUCGAAGAAUCCAAGAGGAGCACUUGCGCACAAGUGCCGACAAGCAACGAAGCUUGGACGACGAAGAGUCGAUCCUCAAGCACAAACUGGCCGAACGACUGGCGAAGAAGCGCGACAAGCUCAAACAAGCGACGACCCCGUUGUUGGCAGACCAACUGAUCUUGCAGCUUGAGCGCGAAGGCGACGCUGAAAUGCGGGAGAUUGAAAACGCCGUGGACGAGAAGCGCAGAGUGCUGGAAACUAUCGAUAAGCUUGUGAAGGGAUGGACCCCUACACCUGCCCCGACAGACAAUGAGAGCGAAAUUGAUUUGAUCAAUGCCGAGCUUGCAAAACAUACGAAAGACCGCCAGCGAAUGCUGGACGAAGAGGAACAGCUCAAGAAGGCACGUUUGCAAGAACGAAUGGACAAGAAACGCAAACUUCGGGAAGACGCCAAGCAGCUCUCCGAUCGCCCCACCACAGCGGACCAAACAGCUGAAAUGAACCGCGAAGUGGGCAAAAUUGAAGCUGAGAUGGCAGCCAAACGUGUGGAACUGGAGGCGGCUGCGGACAAGGAAAGGGAACUGCUAGCGUCGGCGGUUCAACAAGCGAAAUCCGAUGUCGAUGCCAUGGUCGACAAAGUCAAGCGCGAUCACCAAGCCAAUUUGGAGACGUUGAAGCUCUCCCUGGACGCUGAACGGGCAAAGGAAGAACUUGCAUUGAAAGAACGCAUUGCGUCUCGCCGCAAGCAAAAGGACAAGGGAAAAAUGGACGAAGCGGCGUUGGCAGCCCAAGACGCCGCUGAGAAAACGGCGUUGGCAGCCAAGCUCGACCAAGACGCCAAGGACGCCCUUGAGAAAGAGAAGCUUCGCGCCGAAGAAGAAAUGGCCGCGCUACAACGAGAGAUUGCCAACAAGGCGGAACUUCAAGCGCUGCAAGCUGCCAGCGAAAAGAAGAUGGCGGAGGACGAAUGGACGCGACUCAAAGAUAUCCACGAAGUCGAGCUCAAGCAGCUUCAAAGCACGCUGGACUCGGAGCAACAACGGCAAGAAUCCAAGCUAAAGGACCGAAUUCGCCUGCGCCGCGAGCAAAAGGAACGUGAACUGGCGUUGUGUAAAGAUCAGGAGGAAGUAGUCAAGGCUCGUGCCGCCUUGGAAGAACAAGAGCGCGCCGAGAAGGUAAAACUGGCAGCCCAAUUGGCCAAACAAGCCGACGAAGCCAUGCACGACGAGUUGUUGCGCCAGGAAGAAGCGAAAAACGCAGCCGAGCUAAAGCUCAAUCAGGCAGCGAUCGAGUCUGCGGCGGCCGCGGCUGCGAUGGACGCAUUCCGCGCGUCGGAACUCGACCGUGUGUCGAUGGAAUACUCCAACAAAAUGAAUCAAUUGCAUCAAGACACGGCAAACGAAGCUCAGACGCAAAAGGCAAAGCUGGAAGCACGUAUGGCAGCCAAGAAGAACAAGAAAGCGAUGGAGCUGCAAGCCAAGAAGGACAAAGAGAAGGAAGCGCUGCUGGAGAAGCAGAGAGCUGAAGCCAACGCACUGCAAGCUCGGUUGGCCGACGCGGAAAGACUCGCGCAAGUGGACGCAAUCCUUCACGAACAAGCAAAGCAAACCCCAAGGGUGGAAGAGACGGCGGAAGGCAAUGCAAUGACCGCUGCCCACGAAGCCGAGCGGAAGGAACUCGAUGCCAAGCAAGCGAUGGAAGUGAAACGCUUGGAAGCAGAGGCGUUGAACGAGAAAGUCAAUACUGGACAACGGCUGGACGACGACAAGUUGUCGGCGAGUCAAGAGCAGCUGCAAGUGAAGCAAGAGCUGGAUCGUGUCACGACCGAGUUUCAGGAGAAAUUGACUGCCCACACCGACAGCCUCCACCAAGAAAGUUCGCAAAAGAAAAAGGACUUGAUGCGUCGGUUAGAAGAGAAGAAGAAGAAAAAGAAGGACGAACUGAUGGCCCAGCAAGCCGUCGAACGCGCGGCCGCGGUCCAGGCACAAAAGUCGGACCAGGAAAAGCUCGCCAACAAACUCGAAAUGGAGCGCGAAGUGGUCAUGAUCCAAAAGCUGCUGGCGCAAAACAGCAUUGUCGUGUCCCAGCUCACCCCCAUCAUCGAACGCGUGGUCGAGAAGCGUCACAAACGAGAACAGUCGCUGCUGUUCGCCAAGCAAUAUCGGGAGCGUGCAGCAGUGUUGCGCGACGCCUUGCAGACGUUGAUGCAGCAAAAAGCCAAAGAAAAGACGAGUUUGGUGGAAUCCACGACCGACGUGGCCGACCGCGAUCGGCAAUUGGACGAGCUAGAGGCCAUGUAUCGAGUCAAACAGCAAGACAUUGAGGCCAGCGGCACGCACGACGUGGAGGCUGCCCAGACCAAGGAACAAGCAAGCUUGAAGGAGCGCCACGUGGCUGACGUGGCGUACUUGUACCAGCAAUUCGUGGGCCAGUGCAAGCCAGACGUGGUGGUUGUGGCGCCGGUGACAACUGCCACUACAACCACCGUCGCAGCAGUCGACGACGGCACCGCCGGACUUCGAGGCCAGCUGGAGUUGGAGAAGCAAGCGCGUAUCGACUCCAUCCUCCAAGCUGGUGCGACCGCGAUGCAAAAAUUGCGAGAUGGAUUGGCAGCCGAGUGGAACGAACUCGACGAAGCGUACAUUGCCCAGUUGGCCGUAGAACGCCAGGACGCCGACCGCGAGUGGCACGUCCAAAAGCAAAAGGUCAUGGCGCAACCCGUGAGUGAGAAACGUCGGACGGCGCUGGUGGCUGCGUUGGAGGUGGAGCGGAAGAAGCAAGAGGCGGCGCUGGCGUCAAUGCUAAAAGCUCGAUUUCAACACAAGAAAGAGCGCAAGGAGCGGGUGUGCAAGCGCCGGUUGAAGCGAACUGACGACGACACCAAGCGACGGGUCGAGAUUGUGCAUGCGCAGUUCCUGGUAUCUCUGGCCGACGAGCUCGAGUCCCGCAAGCACAAGGACGAGAUGGUGAAAACGCCGUCGCUGGCUCUGCUAGGGCUUGGCAAGGAGCGACUCCAGGGGGCCAUGAACCGCACCAAAACGCUGGUGCGACUAGGAAGUGUCGCGGAUACAACCUCCAGAACGGACGACGAUCACGACGUCCAGGCUUCCACGUCAUUGCUGUCGUCAAUCACACUUGCACACGUGAACGAAAGUCAUCCGCAACAACCACCGCACCACCCGAUGGAGCUUAUUGGACAAAAACUCGACAGCAUUGAGCGCCUCAUUCAACGCCUCACGAGCUCGGAGCGUCCUGUGACAUUGCCAGCAGGGCCGAAUUCCAUCAAAUCGGCGCUCUUGUCAGCUUAUCCGGGACUCGAACAAGAUGCCAAAGCAUCGACGGGGGCUCUGAAGCCCUUGGACGCGAGCAUGCUGACCAAACGGCAGUCCGCUCGGCUAGAAUUUGGGCAAAAACUUGUCUCUACCUUGGACCCAACCUUGCAGAUCGCCGUCGCUUCGGUGUUGACCCCAGCCCCUGGUGUAUUUGGACACUCUAUGACGUACGAACCCAAGUCACAUACGCUCUACGUCCGCCAAAGUCGACUUGAAAGUGUUCCUGAGCUUUCUCUGUUGCUCGUGCACUCGGUGGCGCACCUUAAAGCCCACAAGUCAGCAUUUGACGACGACAACGAUCCAGCCUUUGUGACAGAGUUUUACCGUUUGUUGGGGCGAUGCUACCAGGACUUCUUUGCUAAAUCCGACGACCUUGGGUUGAUUCCUGCCGCUUCCAUGGAGUCUCUGGUGGCGCUCGGUCGAUCGAAGGACGCAGUGGGCGUGACUCCAGCCUCAUACUUCUUACCUGGCCAGAUCGAAUCGCGACUUGCCGAUAUGCAGGCGUUUCUAGACCAAAUGCAAAACGAUGCAGCAGAGGGCGAUGACCACGUGACCCUCCUCGACCACCAAAGCACGAGCAAAUUGCUGCUCCCGUCGUCGAAACCCACACAGUCGCCCCAGAGCAUUCGCAAGGAGAGGACGACAUCCCCUCGCUCGUUCAAGAAAAUUGGGUCUUCCAGAGCUCUGUUCAUGGCCAACGCAGAGCAACAAGUCACGUCGUUGCAGGAAUGCUUGGACGUGGCAGAAAAGUCCUACAUGGAAACGCUCAAGCGAUACACGGAAGCCAGCGAUGCGGUGGAACUGCUGGAAGAUGCGCUCAGCGAAGCCGAAGCAGAAAAUGUCGAACAUGAAGUUGGCCUGCUGUCGAAAAAGUUAAGUGAAGCGAAAGAGGAUCUGGCCCGUGUGAAGGCCGACAGAGACGACGUUGCACGACGGUGUGAAAAGUUGCGCUUGGAAAUCAAAGCCAAGGUUGACGCUGUCUGAUCGAUGCCAUUGUACUGU